ACGAGUUUUUGUCACGGAGUAUUUAUUUUUUUCUUCGGGGAAAUUAAAUGUGUUAUAUAUGUUAGUUAACGGUUGUGAUUGAGAAGUAUUGUAAAGAAUUGUUGGAGUAAAAUUGUCUCCAUUUAUUUAAAGACAGGUGCGCUCUCAAGGAUAAAUCACCUUACAUUGGACGUCUCAUUUGCAUAAAGCGCCGCUUGCCAGCUCAAACACUUUGGCAGACCCAAAUUAGUUUACUCGCGCGUACUGCAAAAAAUCCCGUACACAGUGGAGGCCAGAUAAAUCCAUACAUCACGGCCAUGGCGUACCAGCGAACCGAAUACGCGGAUAAAACGCUCUCCAUGAACUCACUAGCGGAUCGAAAACUCAAAAUUCAGCUAAAUAGUCUUGAUACCCAUAAAGGGACGAUAACGAAAGAAAUGAACCGCGAGCGCAAAAGGCUGGAAAAGGAAUUAGCGGACGCGGAGGGCUACAUGAGGAAUCGCCUCGCUGUGGCGAGCCCAGACGGAAGAGCGCUCAGUCCUCGACUCCCAAGGCGUUAUUCGACACCACAGACGAUGAUUACAACAGCUUUUCCAGACACGCGAAAGUCGCCACUCACACGGAGGAGAAACUUCUCGGAUGGGGUGUCUGAUUUGAGCUGCACGGAAAACUUAGCUCGAAGUCCAUGCGCUCCCGUAAGUCCGACAAUGAAUUUAUUACAACCACCGUUCAAUCAACCGCGCAGACAAUCAUUGCCACCUAUUGGUGCUGGGGGGCUUGUGUGCAUCGAGCCAGGAAGAAGAGAUGAGCUAUGUGUACCUAGGAGAGACAGACGAGGGAGUUACGGCGGUAAGAGUCCCGCAACUAUUAGUCCGACACAAUCCGGAGCGACCACUCCGAGAGCGCUCGCACGGAAAGGAAGUUCACUAAACGAACUUCAACUCCAAGAAGUCACCGCAAAAGUGAGUAAAAUGGAAAAAAUGGACGCAGAAACGGAAAAGGCGAAGACUGAGAAAGUGGAGAGCGAGGAGGAGGAUGUUUACACGGAACUCGACAGCAACGAGUCGGAAACGAUGCAAGAUUUGAUGAGCUCGGACCCACGCAUUAUAUCACCAGUGGUGGGAACAUUUCAUCCAGCUCAUUUUGAAUAAUUUGCGCUGCUGGUGUUUAUGCUAUUAUGGCAAUCAUAGCGCAAUUGCCUAGUGAUACCCUGCAGAGUCAUUAAAAACGUCGCCGAGGAAAUAUUAUUAUCAUGUGCGGGAAAUCUACAUCGUAGGAGAGACACUGGCAAAACAGACUGGUAUAUGCAAGUAAAAUUCUAAGAUGCCGCGCGCAACACUAGUGACUGCAAGAAGGGAAAGAUGAAAACGUUCGCCAUAUUUUUUUUGUGUUUGCAUCUAAAAACUUCGUCUCUUCCUAUGGCAUUGUUCUCAGUUUACAAGCAGUUGAUGAAAACGUUCGCCAUAUUUUUUUGUGUUUGCAUCUAAAAACUUCGUCUCUUCCUAUGUCAUUGUUCUCAGUUUACAAGCAGUUGAUGAAAACGUUCGCCAUAUUUUUUUUGUGUUUGCAUCUGAAAAGUUUGUCUCUUUCGAUGUCGUUGUUCUCAGUUUACAAGCAGUUGAUGAAAACGUUCGCCAUAUUUUUUUUGUGUUUGCAUCUAAAAACUUUGUCUCUUCCGAUGUCAUUGUUCUCAGUUUACAAGCAGUUGUUGUCGAUAGAACGUACUUAAAUCUUGUAGGCGAAUGAGUAACGAAUAAAUACGUUUCUCUUGGA